CGGCAGCAGGAGGCGGGGGAUACACGCACGCCCGGCCGCUCCGUCCGGAUGCGGUGAGCCCCCGCUCGCCUCCGGGGCCGCGUCAGUGCGGGAGGGAAGAAGCGGAGCAGCGGCGGCGGCUCUCCGGCUGCCACCAUGGGCUGCUGCUCGGGGCGCUGCACGCUGAUCUUCCUGUGCUCGCUGCAGCUGAUGGCAGCACUAGAGAGACAAAUCUUUGACUUCCUGGGUUUCCAGUGGGCUCCUAUCCUUGGCAAUUUCCUACAAAUAAUAGUUGUCAUUUUGGGUUUGUUUGGAACCAUCCAGUUUAGGCCUCGAUAUAUAGUCGUGUACACGGUGUGGACUGCCCUGUGGGUCACCUGGAAUGUUUUCAUUAUCUGCUUCUAUUUGGAAGUAGGCGGGCUCUCUAAGGAAACAGAUCUCAUGACCUUCAACAUCUCCAUGCACCGCUCCUGGUGGCGGGAGCACGGGCCGGGCUGCAUACGGAGGGUGGUGCGUCCUUCUUCCCCUGGCAUCCUGGAGGAUUACUCCUACGUCUCUGUGACAGGCUGCAUCAUUGAUUUCCAGUACCUAGAGGUCAUUCACAGCGCUAUCCAAAUACUCCUCUCUCUGAUUGGAUUUGUGUAUGCCUGUUAUGUGAUCAGUAUUUUCAUGGAGGAGGAGGACAGCUGUAGAAGUAAGUAAUGAACAUGGACUCAAGACUUCUGCUGCUGUAGCUGAAGAAACAGAUUUUAGAAAAGAAGACCAACCUUGUGACUCAUUGUUCUGGAAGAAACUCACCACAUCUGUUCCUCACAGCAUGUGGAUUGUUCUUCCCACAGGCUCAGUGUCAUUAUCAGCGUGGUUAUUUCGUAGCUCCUUGUAGAUGAUCUUGAAUUUUUAAAUAAUUUACUUAUAUGGACACUUGUAAAUUGUAAAUUCUUUUCUUUUUUAAUUUCAAUAUUUUUACAAUGUUUGGUGUUGAGGCAUGAAAACAAAACAACCUGUGAAGACUAGGAGAAGGGUGUGUCUUUCUCAAAAAGUCAGUAUUUUUUGACUGAGAGGAUCAUACUGUGCCUGGUAAAGAUUGUGUCAGUAAACAGUAAUUUUGACUCCAAAAUAUGCAUCAGGAGUCAAACCCUAACAGUGUUCAAGAAAUCAUUUCAACGCUGUCUUUAGAAUUCACAAUGUCCACUCCUUGCAUUGUUUGAACUGCAGAAUGCAGUAGUUGAUCUCUUCUUACCCAGAUGUUCAAGCACUAAUGUACUGAACCUAAUUAUUGCAAUUCGUAUAUGACUCCUCCUUUCCUAAUCUGUUUUGCCCCAAGUCCAUCUCGGGUAGCUGUCUCUGAUUUGAAGAGAAGUAGGACUGCUGCUUAAUGGAUGUCCAUCUCUAGGAACCCUUACACCCAGGGCUGUUUAGAUGUCUGUGAUUUGCACAUUUUUAAACUCCUUUCCUCCCUUCUCCCAGGAAGAAGCCAAGCAUGAAUGUACAAUACAAGGCACCAACUGAAGCCUUAGAAGCCUCUGGGGACUAAUUUUUCCCUUAAUUUAAAAGUAAACAAGCAAAACUGAAAAAUGCGUGUAAAAAUUUGUAAAGUUAUUUGUAAAUACUUCUAGAUGAAGAACAUGUACGUAAUUGUGGUAUUUUGUUUUCUAUUCUGUCACCACUAGCAUAAAGUGAUACACAAAGC